AUGGGAGAUCUCGCCCCGAAAGUGGAGCUCAUCACCGAUAACAACCAUAACAACAUUUGUUCUUUGGAGUAUUCUUCAUCUACAUAUUGUGAACUAGAGUCGUCCCCAUGUGGUCACUAUGACUACCCAGAUGAGGUAUUCGAGGAGGAAUAUUACACCAAUGAUGACGAUGACGAUAUUGACAUCGAUCGGAUCAUUGCAGAAGUCACGUCACUCGAUCGGGAGAAAGCGUCGCGCGAAGAGCACUGUGGGAACGACCAGGACAUUAGAAACACAGAAUUGAAGCAUUGUACUGACAAAAAGAGUCUGACAAUGUUUGCCUUGCCUGAUGUUGGAGGGGAAAGUAUGUCAUCGUUGUCAUCGGACACUGACGAUUCAUGGAGUGAUUGCGAAUGUAAGGACGAUUUCGACUGGGACGAUUACACGCCACUUUCAACUUUGUCUGGUGAGUUAGAGUCUUUACGUGAAAUGUCGGAAAUGUGCAAUGAAGAGGUCCGACAAGACGACGAGGAUUAUCAGUCGGUAAAACUCGGAGAUAACGUCUAUCAUAUCGAUCUUAAAAUCACCAAAAAAUACAGCGGAAUUAUCUCAUACGGCGGAAAGUUAGAAACGACAAACCAAACUGAUAUUUUUACGAUAUCCGGGCACGAUCUUCCGGCACGGGAACGAAAUUCCCCUCACUACGUUUAUGCAAUGGAAAACUUGUUUCUACACGCCGUGGUUACGGUUGACGUAUUAUCUAAUAGGGACUAUGCGCUGGUUUAUUUCUGUGGACGGUCGAGAAAAACUCUGCCUCCGAUGUGGUGGCUUAAAAAGAUGUACGCUAUAUUAGACCGCGGGCUGCGUAAGAAUGUUGCAAAUAUCUACGUAGUGCAUCCUACAUUCUGGGUGAAAACAGCAUUGAGACUGUUUCAACCUUUCACAAACGGUAAACUCAUCCACAAAAUAAAAAUGGUAGACGGUCUGAAUGAACUUCGAAAGCUUCUGCCCACAGACUAUAUGUAUAUUCCUCAGGAAUCUAAAGAUUUUGAUGAAGAACUUAGAAUGGCGAGGUCCGGUACAGUUGCUGUGAAAACAACGUGA